AAUUUAUUCUUCCCAUCUCCCCACCACUCCUCCUCGCAUUCUCUUUUUCACCCUCUCCCGAUUUUCUAACUUCGACUUUCCCCGGAAAAUUCUCUCGACGAGAAGAAAAUCUUCAUCGAUGGAGGCGAUGAAAAUGAGAUUGUUCAUGGCCAUUGUUGUGGUCUUUAUGGCCGCUUCUGUGGUCCAAAACGUCGCUGCUCAAGAGGCUCCAGCCCCCUCUCCUGCCUCUGACGCCGCCGUUUUCGUCCCCACCGUGUUUGCUUCUCUCGUCGCUCUUGCCUUCGGAUUCUUCUUCUAAAUGAUCUGAUUUACAUAAACCCAUUUUGAUUUUUCUUUUUUACUCCAUUUUGAUUUGUAAUUGAAUGGGUUGAUGGAAGAAUUCAAACGUCUCGAGCUGGAGAGGCAGAAGGGGAUGAGAUUGAGAAGGUUUUUAACCUGAUCGAUUGCGAGAUUUAAUUUUUUUUUUGUUAUUAUUACUAAGAUUAUUAUUAUUGUUAAUAUUGUGACCAAUUGAUUGAGUACAUUGUUAUCAUUGGCCUUCGGUGUAUAAUAAUAUUUUGAAUUUAUUUUGUUUUGUA